UCAUGGCGGAGCGCGUGCAGCAGCCCCCAGCUAAGCGGCUGUGCUGCCGCCCCGGUUACAGCGCAUCGUGUCGACAGGGGCCGCGGGCCGGCGGAUCGGUAUGCGGCGGCGCUUCGGCUUCGAAUCAGGGCGGAUCGAGCAAGACCCACAGUCCGGAGUCGCUCUUGGACAUUGCGGCUCGCAAAGUGGCCGAGAAGUGGCCCUUCCAGCGGGUGGAGGAGCGCUUCGAGCGGAUCCCGGAGCCCGUUCAGAGACGGAUCGUGUAUUGGUCUUUCCCGAGGAGCGAACGGGAAAUCUGCAUGUACUCCUCGUUCAACACGGGCGGAGAGGACAGCGCCGCGGCCGCCGAGGGAGUCGACGAGACCCGGCUGCCGUUCCGCCGGGGAGUCGCUCUGCUUGAGAGCGGCUGCGUAGAUAACGUACUGCAAGUCGGUUUCCAUCUCAGCGGCACGGUGACGGAACCAGCCACGGCGACGGAACCCGAAGUGGUGUGCAGCGUGGCCAUCAGCUUCGACCGCUGCAAGAUCACGUCGGUGACGUGCGGCUGCGGCAACAAGGACAUCUUUUACUGCGCCCACGUGGUGGCCUUGUCGCUGUAUCGCGUGCGGCGGCCCGAACAGGUCAAGCUGCACCUGCCCAUUUCUGAGACGCUCUUCCAGAUGAACCGUGACCAGUUACAGAAAUUCGUCCAGUACCUCAUCACAGUGCACCACACCGAGGUGUUACCCACAGCACAGAAACUCGCCGACGAGAUCCUCUCGCAGAACUCCGAGAUCAAUCAAGUACACGGGGCUCCGGAUCCUACAGCAGGGGCCAGUGUGGACGAUGAGAACUGCUGGCAUCUGGACGAAGAGCAGGUCCAGGAACAGGUCAAACUCUUUCUGUCACAAGGGGGCUACCAUGGCUCGGGCAAGCAGCUCAACCUCCUUUUCUCCAAGGUGCGGGAGAUGCUGAAAAUGCGAGACUCGAAUGGGGCCCGCAUGCUGACGCUGAUCACAGAGCAGUUUAUGGCAGACCCACGGUUAGCACUUUGGAGACAGCAGGGCACCACUAUGACGGACAAAUACCGCCAGCUCUGGGACGAACUGGGUGCAUUGUGGAUGUGCAUUGUGCUGAAUCCUCACUGUAAGGCCGAGCAGAAGGCCUCCUGGCUCCGGCAGCUCAAGAAGUGGAACGGUGUAGACGUGUGCCCCUGGGAGGAUGGUAACCAUGGUAACGAGCUGCCCAAUCUGACCAACGCUCUGCCUCAAGGCGCCCACGCCAACCAAGAUUUAAAUGCUCGGCCUCAUCGGACUGUCUUCACGAGGGCGAUCGAGGCGUGCGACCUCCACUGGCAGGACAGCCAUCUGCAGCACAUCAUCAGCGACGAUCUAUACACCAACUACUGCUACCACGAAAGCACUGAAAACUCACUCUUCGACUCGCGAGGGUGGCCCCUGUGGCAUGAACAUGUUCCCACAGCCUGUGCCAGGGUAGACGCCCUGCGAUCGCAUGGCUACCCACGGGAAGCACUGAGAUUAGCCAUCGCCAUCGUCAACACCCUUCGCAGACAGCAACAGAAGCAGCUGGAACUUUUUCGGAAUCACAAAAAAGACCUGCUUCACAAAGGUAUGACCUCCAUUACAAAUCUGGAGGGUUGGGUGGGCCACCCCCUGGACCCCAUCGGCACACUCUUCAGCACGCUAAUGGAGUCGGGUCGCAGCGACGAGGAGAGCUCAGCGGACUUCUCAGGUACGAUGAGCUCCAGUAAGCAUGCUGACGUCCACCUGUUCCCCACGGCACGGCGUUUCCUGGAGGAAGGCGAGUCCUACCUGGCGCUGGCUGUAGAGACUGCACUGAUGGGCCUCGGCCAGCAAAGAAUCAUGCCCGACGGCCUCUACGCUCAAGAGAAGGUGUGCCGCAACGAGGAGCACCUGAUCGCCAAGUUGCAGGAAGUGGAGCUGGACGACACGCUCGUCAAGAUCUUCCGCAAGCAAGCCGUCUUCCUGCUAGAGGGGGGGCCCUACAGCGGUUUGGGGGAACUCAUCUACAGAGAGAGUGUUCCAAUGCACACAUAUGCCAAGUAUUUGUUCACCUCCCUCCUACCUCAUGAUGCCGAACUGGCAUACAAAAUUGCACUGAGAGCAAUGCGGUUACCAGUGUUGGAAUCCACAGCUCCUUCCGGAGACAUGUCCCGGCCUCACCACAUAGUAUCUGUCGUGCCCAACCGCUACCCACGAUGGUUCACGCUUAGCCACAUUGAGUCCCAACAGUGUGAGCUGGCCUCCACCAUGCUCACUGCGGCCAAAGGUGACUCUCGGAGGCUGGAAACAGUAUUAGAGUCCAUCCAAAAAAACAUCCACUCGUCCUCUCACAUAUUUAAACUGGCGCAGGAUGCCUUUAAAAUCGCCACGCUCAUGGACAGCCUGCCUGACAUCACUCUGCUGAAAGUGUCCCUGGAGCUGGGCCUUCAGGUCAUGCGAAUGACGCUUUCGACACUAAACUGGCGAAGGCGAGAGAUGGUGCGAUGGUUAGUCACUUGUGCCACGGAAGUCGGUGUGUAUGCACUGGACAGCAUCAUGAAGAGCUGGUUCACGUUGUUCACACCCACUGAAGCCACCAGCAUUGUAGCGACGGCGGUUCUGUCCAGCAGCACGGCGGCACGUCUGCGCCUGGACGCCCGGCAACAGGAGAAACUAGCAAGUAGUGCACGCACACUGGCAUUGCAGUGCGCCGUCAAGGACCCGGCCAGCUGUGCACUAUCGGCCCUGACUCUGUGCGAGAAGGAGCCGGCAGCGUUCGAGACGGCCUACCAGAUCGCUCUGGACGCCGCGCCCGCAGCCAUGACGCACGCUCAGCUCUUCACCAUCGCGCGCUACAUGGAGCACCGCGGCUAUCCGGCGCGCGCCUACAAGCUGGCCACUCUGGCCAUGGCGCACCUAAGUCUGGCGUACAAUCAGGACACGCACCCCGCCAUCAACGACGUACUCUGGGCGUGCGCCCUGAGCCACUCGCUGGGCAAGAGCGAACUGGCCGCCAUCAUCCCGCUGGUCGUAAAGAGCGUCAAGUGCGCCACUGUGCUCUCGGACAUCUUGCGGCGGUGCACGUUGGCCACCGUGCCAACUCCACCGCUGCACGGGCGCAGAAACACCACGCCCAAGCUAAUGUCUCUGGACAAGGCCCCUCUGAGGCAGCUGCUGGACGCCACGAUCGGCGCCUACAUCAACACCACGCACUCCAGGCUCACGCACAUCAGCCCGCGCCACUACGGCGAGUUUAUCGAAUUCCUAGGCAAGGCGCGCGAUACCUUCCUCAUGGCGCACGACGGCCACGUGCAGUUCGCGCAAUUCAUAGAUAACCUGAAACAGAUCUACAAGGGCAAGAAGAAACUCAUGAUGCUCGUACGCGAGAGGUUCGGUUGACCCCGCGAAGACUCACGUCGACUUUUUUUCUUUUUUUUAAACUCGUCUGCCUCUUUCGAAACUGAUAAGAAGGAAACAAAAAUGGAAAAGCGGAACACAAAACGACAAGCGGACAGUUGGUAAGCCAGACCGGUAUUAUGUGUAUAGACUUUUUUUUAGUUUGCAAACAAAAAAAAUGGAAAAAAAACGUCACGUCGUGGAAGUUGUGUGUGUUUCCCUUUAUAUGUGUGGAAGAAAGAGAAAGGAAUAAGAGCGAGAGAGGGAUUAAAAAAAAAGGUUUUGGUUUACACUGAGUAUAUGUUGUCGAGUGGCGAAAGCCCACAUAGCACUCCAGAUACGUUAUCUCCUCAACAUUCACAGCCUCAAAGAGAAAGAAGUAUGGCUUUAAACCAAACAAAGCACCUCCAUCCUAAGUAAAAAAAAAAAAGUACCUCGUAUGGCUCCAGCUUUACCCCCUCCCCCCUCCUUAAUCCAUCCACCCCUUAUCGGUGUACAAAAGUGUUCGAUACGAAGAUUAAGUUUAGGACAUGUUUUUUUUCUCUUUCUUCAUUUUCUUUUUGUACCAGGCUGAUUGUGUGGCUUUGCAGUGCUCUUCCUACAUAAGCAUGUCACAAAUACACGAAUGCUCACAGAUCCACCGAAACCCUGCUGUGCUUUUGCGCUUGUGGAAACUUAGCGACUGUCGACAUACAUUCUCAGGGAUUUCUCAAGAAAAAAAAGGAAAAAAAAAACAGAAAAAUGAUCAUGGAAAAAAAGAGAGAAUGAGAGCAUUUUAUUGUACUGUAUAUAUGAUAGUAUAUGUCUGAAUAUUGAAAAAAAUGUAUACAUUAACUAAUUUAUAAAAGAAUAUUCUAUGUAAUGCAAAAAUACUUGAAGCUGCAGUACCUUGGUUCAAACCGAAACAUAUCAGAAGGACUAAACCCUGCCCUCGAGUGGGAAUUUCGAUGGAUCGGGUAGGUUCGGACGCCGGUACCUAUGCAGAGUCGCCCGUCCUGACCUACUGCGCGAUCCGACCGGUAUGUCGAAACGAUGACGAGGGGUUCUGUUCCGUAGAGGCGUUUUCUGGACGAUCAGUGUAAAGCAGCAAAGCCAGAGCAGCAAAAGCCUUAGCAUUAAAGAUUAGGGAAUGCAAGAACCCGCGGGCCCGCGUGCCUCGGGAUACGUAGAUCCAGCAGAAACCCGACCUGCUAGCAACCACACACCCUGAAGCCUGACCACGUCCCCCAUCUCUUUCCAUAACGAUCAAGCUUGGCGUCUCUGCACAAUAACACGCGCGUACUCGCUCAUUCUGCCGACAUCUUGACUUUGUGCAGGUCAGAAAGUUGCUGUGUAAAUCUGACUGUUCGAACAUUUUUAAUGCUUUUCAUUUUUUUAUUUUAUUUAAAUGCGUUUGAUUUCGUUCGUUCCUCUAGAAUUCCUCCAAUGAGAACAGCCUUCUUUCUUGCCUUGUCUUAAUGCUUUAAAGUAACCAAACUGGAGUUCUAACUACCAAACCUGUUAAUUAAAAUGAAAGCCAACCGACUUUGGUUUCAACUUUUUAGUGUCUUUAAUUUUUAGCUUGAAUGGUUCUGUACCUUGUGCUUUAAAAAGCGACUUUUCCUUUUUUUUCUCGUUGCAAAACAUUGUCAAGUGUCUCGUUCUCUUCCUUAGAGGUAUGUCUGUAGCUCUUUUUUUGUUUGUUUAGAAACAGAAAUAUCAUGUUCUUUAUUUUAUUUAUUAUAAAAGGUAAACGAUUGUACUUCAUCACCCGUGUCAACAUGCUCAUGAAGUUGAACUUAAAAUUUGAUACACCAAUAUCGAUUUAUUUAUGUAACUAAAUCACUGUUUUAUAAACUUGUUAAUGAUUCAACAUUUUUUUUUGUUUUAAUUAAAAUUAGUUUUUUGA